CCCAACACUCACUCCACUGUUGAGCUACCCACCUGAACCAUGACUGGCCGCGGCAAGGGAGGCAAGGGACUCGGAAAGGGAGGCGCCAAGCGUCACCGCAAGGUUCUUCGGGACAACAUCCAGGGCAUCACCAAGCCGGCCAUCCGUCGUCUGGCGCGCCGUGGCGGUGUGAAGCGCAUCUCCGGGCUCAUCUACGAAGAGACCCGUGGUGUGCUCAAGGUGUUCCUGGAGAACGUCAUCAGGGAUGCCGUCACCUACACUGAGCACGCCAAGCGCAAGACCGUCACCGCCAUGGACGUGGUGUACGCCCUCAAACGCCAGGGCCGCACCCUGUACGGCUUCGGUGGUUAAUGCCGCUGCCUGAGCGAGCCCGACCUAACCCACCCACCCCGGACCUCUUUGAGGUCCACAUUCUUAUUCACUAAGAGAAUAGUAGCACACAUUUUACUUCAGUUACAUUUCCUUUUUUUCUUUCUUUCUUUCUUUCUUUCUUUCUUUCUUUCUUUCUGUUUCCUCCCUCCCUCCCUCCCUCCCUCCCUCCCUCCCCCCUGCCUAAUGAUGGUUCACACCUCCGCCCACUGCUCCCCAUCCACCUCAUUUGACACUAGUUUGUUUGUUUCCUCAAUCCCACCUUUUCCCUCCCUCCCUCCCUCCCUCCUGCCUAAUGAUGGUUCACACCUCCGCCCACUGCUCCCCAUCCACCUCAUUUGCCACUAGGAAGCUCCAAUUUGUUUGUUUCAGUUCUUACAGAAACAUCAUUUUGCCAUAAUUUCCCCUGUCCCUGUCAAUUCUUUGUAAAAUCAGUAACAGGAUAUUUAUGAAAAGAGAGAGAGAGAGAGAGAGAGAGAGAGAGAGAGAGAGAGAGAGAGAGAGAGAGAGAGAGAGAGAGAGAGAGAGAGAAAACUAUAUUGGAAAAUAUAUAGACAAAACAAAGCGACGUCUGGACGGGAAGAGGAAAAGAAAGAGAGGAAGAAUGACAUAGAAAGGUUAAGAAAGAAAGAGAAAGAAAAAAAGGAGGAGAAAAAGAGAAAGAAAGCAAUAAUGAGAAAGACGGCAAAUAUAUAGACAGA